AGGGUUGGAACGAGUCACUCACCAGUGCAGCAGCUGUAGGCGAGUGAAGCGAAGGCAGGCAGUGUGUGUGUGUGUGUUGUGGUGUUUUGUUGACACUACUGGGGGCAGGCAGACAGGCACUCGUGAAACAUCCCCAAGCACAGUUUGCGAUGAGGUUUGACAAGCAUGUGGUAGUGGGCUGCAACACACAAAUGGAAGCUGGUUUAUAGAUGCAGUUUGUGGUUGAGAAACAGAAUAUUCCGACUCAUGUUGCGAGUGUUGCAGCGAGCUCCUGGGCCAGUGUACAAGUGGGUGUGGUGGUGCAAACACACCCUCCCAGACAUCUUAGCCUCACACAGGUACCGGGCAUUGGUAUUGUCGUCAUUGUUGCUGAUCGGCAUCGUGCUUUUGUCUAUACCCAACGUGCCAGAGAGGUUUCUUGGCAUUCGUUCUCCAGAAAGAAUUCUUGAGUCAUUCAACUUUCAACAGAACACCAGCACUAAUGAGAGUGAAAGGUCAGCACAACCUGUGGAAAACAAGAUACACUUACUCCAAAAAAGACAUAUCCCUCACAAAUUCUGGGCACGGGCUCGUCCCCACAAUAAAUUUGUAAGAAAAAAAGGGCAACAUAACUCACAACAUAAGGUUGGUCCUGCUGUUAAUGGAGUCAGAGCAUUAGGUAAGUCAAUGGACACACAUCACUGAAUCUUAAUAGUGUAUGCAAGUUUAGAGUUGUCCAUUGUAAACAAUGCUGUAUUGUAACUCCAGUACUUACAAACACUCCACUGAAUCUUGAUAGUGUAUAUAGGUUUAAAGUUGUUUCCUCUAAGAAGAAAUGACUUAAAAGUACAGUGCAAUCAAUGCCUGGUUAAAGUGCACAAUAUGUUUUUGAAAACCUGUAUAAUAGCCUGAUGUAUGUUAAUUGGAAACUGACUGUACAGUAUGUUGAAAAGUCAGUGGCUUAUGAGUACAGGACUAUACAACAGUAAUGCAUGUAUCUCUCACCACUGUGUCCAGGCCCAGGAUAGACUUGGGGACUUUUUAAUACCACCUAUCAACUUCUAGCCAUUUGGGCAGUUGGUCUGUCCAGUGAAACAGGAGGCUGGGAAACCUGUGAUGUUUGGUAGGGUCACACUGGAUAACACCCUUCAAAUGUGUGUCCAGGCUUGAACUCUUGACAUAUUGGUGAGAGAUACAUGCAUUACUGCUGUACCACCAGCACAUCGGUGACCCAACCAAGCAUUGCAGGUUUCCUCCUGUAUUAACACUGGACAAUAAAGUUCACUAAAGCAACAAGAAUGGGCCACCCUUCCAAACAGUUUAUAAGCUGAUAAAGGGUGAAAUGAUAAAUUAAAUUAAAUAAAAUUACAUUACUUUAAUAAAACAUUAUGUACGUACCAUAGACAUUUGGUACUGUAUAUGUAAUACAGUAAUGUGAAAAACAAAUUUGCUAUUCACACAAAAAUUAAACAAAUUUUCAGUUA